AUGACCACCCCACCCCCCACCCUCCAACUCCACCGCGCGCUCCUCCGCCCGGCGAUCCUCACCACCCUCCGCGCCGCCGGCUUCCACUCCACCCGCCCCUCCGUUCUCGACACCCUCGUCCAGCUGGUCGAACGCUACAUUUUGUUACUAGCGACCACGACCGCUGCGCACGCAAGGAAUUCGCACAAUACCCCCGUCCCUGGGGUCGGGGACGCGCGGAUGGCGCUCGAGGAGCUUGGGGUCUUGGGGGACGGCGUCGAGGGAGGGGUUGAAGAGGCGUGGAGGGAGAAGUUCCGCGUCCCGGUCGAGGUGAUGGGGGAAGUGGACGUCGGCGGCGAGGCACGUAAACGCGCGGAGCGUACACGGAGAGCUGCUGAUGCGGCCGGCGUAGCGGUGCUAGAGGGUUUCUUGCAAGGGAAGGAGUACGCGGAGAUCAAGCGCGUCGCGGGUAUGACUGGCGAGAAUGCAGGCGUGGGUGUUGGGGGUGGGAGGACGAGGGUGGAGGAUUUCUUGACGGGGGUGAAGAGACGGCAGGGGAGGGUGGGGGAUGUGGAGGGGGAGGAGCGGUUGGUUGGGACGGUGUUGGGACGGGAAAGGGAGCGGGAGGAUGGAGAGGCGGUGGUGAAGAAGAGGGUUAGGGUGGAUGGGGGUCCACAGUGGGAGGAAUGGGAGGGGAGAGUGAGGGAGAGGGCGAGGAGUCAGGCCGGGAGGGAUCAGGUGGAGGGUGAGGAGAAUGGGCGGAGGGAGGCGAGGGCGGUGGAAGCUGGAUGA